AUGGCGCCCAACAUGACAAAAAGAAUAUACAACGAAAUCAAGGAUGUUAAUGACGACAAUACAACUCCUUUACAAGUUUAUGUUCCUAAUGAAGAAAAUAUGUAUCACCUCAUUGGAUCUAUUAAUGGUCCUAUUGAAUCACCUUAUGAAGGUGGUACUUUCUUGCUCGAUAUAAAAUUACAUGAAAAUCAUCCUUUUCAACCACCUCAAAUAAAAUUCAUUACCAAGGUGUAUCAUCCAAACGUUAGCUCACAAACAGGAGCCAUUUGCUUAGACGUACUCAAGAGCCACUGGUCUCCUGCAAUGACAUUAAGAAUUACACUCAUUUCAAUCCAAUCCUUAUUAGAUUCACCUGUUCCACAAGAUCCUCAAGAUGCACAAGUAGCUAAACAUUACAUGUCUGAUCAUGAUGAAUUUAUUGAAGAAGCAAGACUAUGGACUCGCACAUAUGCCAAUGUGUCACUAAAUGACUAUGUAGCCUCGUCAUUUAAUUAA